AUGGCGGCUGGAUUCGAAAGGUCUUUUAGAGAGUGACGAAAAAUUGUCUAUUUUUUGGCAUACAACUUGAAAAUAUUCAACAAAAAUGUCUGUGACACUUGUAACUGAUUUUGGUGACAUAAAAGUAGAGUUAUUUUGCGAGGAAGCUCCAAAGACUUGCGAGAACUUCCUUGCCUUAUGUGCCAGUGAAUAUUAUAAUGGAUGUAUUUUCCACAGAAAUAUAAAGGGAUUCAUGGUCCAAACAGGAGAUCCAUCAGGAACAGGAAAGGGAGGAAAAAGUAUUUGGGGAAGAAAGUUUGAAGAUGAAAUUGUUCCAACAUUGAAGCACAAUGUUCGUGGAGUGGUGUCAAUGGCAAACAAUGGACCAAACACAAACGGCUCACAGUUUUUUAUAACCUAUGCAAGACAACCACAUUUGGAUAUGAAAUACACAGUGUUUGGCAAAGUUAUUGAUGGAGGAGAGACACUAGAUGACCUUGAAAAGAUUCCAGUUGAUGAAAAGUCAUAUAAACCAUUACAUGAUGUACGUAUUCAGAAAAUUAAGAUCCAUGCAAAUCCCAUUGCUGAUAUGCAGAGUUAAUCCUAAAUGGAUAUGAUGGGAUUUAAUGAAUGCAACAAAGUGACUCGCUUUGCCAUAUUAUGGCAAGCUUAAUAAACCGGUCAUGAUUAAAGAGCAGAUUCCAGGCUCCUUAUUCUAGUUCACCUAAACUGGUUUUGUCCAUAGAAAAUAAAAUAUACCACUCAUAUGCAAAAGGCUAACCAUAUUCAACAAAAAAACAUUAAACCCACAUGUAGUAGCAAAAUUUACAAUUAUUGGAAAUGUUUUCACUUGGGUUGUGUCUGUGUAAAUGAGGACAGUUGACUGUUCACUGGACUAAUUGCAAAACAAUAAAA